UCGGGGUCUUUCACCCUCCCCUUCAUUCCCUGAACUCCAUUUCCCGUCGCUCCCCGACACAAAAUGGCGCCCGGCCGCAAUGCACACUGGGAGCUGCAGUCCCGCGCUCCAUUUUCCCCUAGCAACCCUUGCACCAAACGCCUCCGAUUCCCAUCACCCAUCGCGCCAAACCGGAAGCUCCUUCCCUUAUACCGGAAGCGGGCCGCAAAGCACCAUGGGAGAUGUAUGCUCCAACAUCGCCACACUCGUUACAGGCCUCGGGUCGCACCGGGACCCAAAAACCCCCCCGGGACCAUCCGACCCGUCCCGGGACACGAACGGAGCGACAGGACGGAGCUGGGGCCGCUCACAACCGGCUGGGCCCACACGGGAGCACUGCGGCCUACCCCGGUACGGCGCGGCCUACUCCGGUUCUAUUGCGGCCUACCCCGCUCCCAUUGCGGCCUACUCCGCUCCUCAUCGCGGCCUACACCCCGUUACCCCGCGGCCUACCCGCUCCCAUCUCGACCUACCCCGGUUCCGGUUCCCCCGGUUCCAGUCCUCCCCCCCGGUCCCCGUUCAACCCGGUUCCGGUCCCCCCCCCGAUCCCGGUUCCGGUCCCCUCCCGGUUCCGGUUCCGGUUCUGACCUGGCUGCCCGCAGGGAUGUACCCGGCGUAGGCCAGCACGAAGGUGCAGAACUUGUUGAAGUCCUCGAUCGUUCGGCGCCGUUUCUCGGGGGGCUGAGUCUCCGCCUUCAGCCCCGGCAGCGGCUCAUUAACUCGUCCCCCCCCGUUCUCCCCCAUGUUCCCGGUCUCUCUCUCGGUUCCUCCGCCGCUCCCCGCCCGGCGCCGCCUCACCGUGACCCCGCCCCUUUCUUGGCCCCGCCCCCUUUGCUCGCCCCGCCCAAUCCCGUUCCUUUAUUUUAGCCCCGCCCCCUUUGCUCGCUCCGCCCAAUCCCGUUCCCU